AUGGCUCGUGGGGGUGAGCCUCUGAAGAUAGUGCAAAUAGAAACCCGCUACGUGCAAACCGAUGCGGUGAACUUCAGAGAUGUUGUUCAGAGACUAACGGGGAAGAACUCAUCCACGGCUUGGAUAGGACGUCGAAAUGCAGCUUCUGCUUUAUCUUCUUCAGAGAUCAUAGAAGGAGUUAAUCAUGCCAUUGCCAAGCCACAUGAUUGGAACAAAGGUGCUGCCUCCAAUGGAACAUUAACAAAUGAUCUUUUACCUUCUUCCAUGCUAAUGAACAAUUACGUGUCCUCCAAAGACUUUGAUGCCUUGUUGUUAGAGUUGCCUCGCUUCGAUGUCAUGCCCUCCUCUUACUCAUAG